AUGUCUAUUGAGACAUUGCCAGUAGAAUUAUUUCAUUGUAUUUUGGAUAAUCUUGACACAGAAACAAUCGUUUUUUCAGUUCGACAUGUAUGUCGAUUAUUUCGAUCGUUUGUGAAUACCUAUGAUCGAUAUAUUUUGAAUUUAAUCUCAAUUUCAAAACGAAAUUUUCAUCUUCUUUGUCGAUUAAUCCAUCCACAUCAUGUUAUAUCAUUGAAACUUUCAAACGAAGAACGAAUAGCAGAUCAAAUAGAUUUAUUUAUUUCACUUAUUCGUCUACGUCAAUUUACUCGACUUUAUUCAAUAACUCUUCUUGAUAUUAAGGAAUGUCAAUUAAAUUUCAUUUUGAAACGAAUUAAUCUUAAUUUACUUACUUCAUUUUCAUUCAAUAUUAAAAGAUAUGAUGACAGACGUAUUCAAACAACUAACAAAUAUCUUCGAUCAAUCGUAUCUCAAUUGAAUUUUCGAAAAAUGGAAUUUAAUUUAAAAAAUGAAAGAAUAUCAAAAUUUUCAUGGCCAUGUAAUUGUUCAAUUCAAUAUUUGAUCAUAAAUGAAAAUAUAUCUAUGAAUAAUCUUUCGAAUAUACUUCAAUGUUCUCCUCAUUUACACAAAAUUAUUUUGAAACAGGAACUUGAAGAUAUCAUCACAAAUGUAUCAUUAAAAUCUACACGUCCAAUAUAUUUUCCACAGUUGACAUCAUUAACUAUGGAAAAAUAUUCUAUGACUAUUGGUGAAUUGGAAUCAUUUAUUUCAUUAACACCAUCACUUGUAUAUUUAAAACUUAUUGGUGAACAAUGUAUAUUCGAUGGAAAACGAUGGGAACAAUUCAUUGAAAUAAAUCUACCUAAUUUAGAUAAAUUUGAAUUUUAUUUUGAUUAUUGGAGUUUAGAGAAGAAAACUUCAGAAGAUCUUGAACUAAUUAUUGCAUCUUUUCGAACUUCAUUUUGGAUUGAACACAAAAAAUGCCAAUUAUAUACAAGAGAAAUAUCUGUAUUUGAAUAUUUUCAGAAAUCAACGACGAGUCAAAUUAUGUUUUCAAACGUAACUAAAGUUAAUCUUCAAUUUUACGAAGAGUGGUCAUUACUUCCUCUUGAAUAUCUUUCUAUUUUUAUCGAUAUUUCUCAACUAGUUCAAAUGACAUUGGUUAGCUCUUAUUUUACCGAAUACAAUCAAAAUGUGUUAGCGGACAUUCGUAGUUUCAUUGAACAAGCUUAUAAUCUUUCUGCACUAAUUAUUCAAACUGGUAUGUAUAGAUACAAUUUAAAUUUGGCAAUAGAAAAGAUACAUGAUAUUAUUCCAUAUCAUGUAAAAUAUUUACGAAUACCAAUCAACAGUACAGAUCAAAUACAAAUAAUCCUCAAUAGAUGCAAUCAUUUGACACAAAUAGCAUUUGACAUUAGAUAUUCAAAUUUCUCUGAAGAAAUCAUUAAAUGGUUUGAUGAUAAUACUAUGAAUUCAACAUAUUGGAAAGAUUAUCAAAUGGUUUCUGUAUGGCUUGGCACAAGAAAGAUUCAAUCAACUGAAAUAUAUCUCGAUCAAAAACGCAUGAAACUUUCGUAA